AUGUCAGACAUGAAGAGAUGCUUGGAGAGGCAAGAGCGAGAAAUUAAAGAAAGAAGGUGUAAACCAGCUGGAGAAAAAAGGAUGCAACAAGAAGAAGAUGAACAAGUUGCCGUGGUAGUGGGUUUGCUUGAUCUAGAAAGCCAAGGCCACCGUUGUGGUUCACAAGUCAGCCGUGGCCCAAACGUGGACAGACAUAGGCAUUCUCAGGGGCGAUAUAGAAUGAAACCCCAUUUGUUCAAUAAAGUCAUACAUGAUGUUUGCAAUUACAAUGCAUACUUUGUUCAAAAGUGUGAUGCUGCUGGAGUUUUGGGGCUUCUUUCGGAGCAAAAGCUUACAGCUGUUAUACGAAUGUUGGCGUAUGGUUCAUCUACUGAUCAGGUGGAUGAGAUUGCUAUGAUGAGGAAGUCCACUACUCUAGAGAGCUUGGUCAGAUUCUGUGAUGCAAUCGAAACUCUCUACACCAAGGACUACCUCCGCAAACCUACGCCUAGGGACCUUCACGGGCUUCUACAGAAAGUCGAAGCUCGAGGAGAUUAUGGAAAUAGGAAAAGGAAAAAAAGUAUCCUCCUUGAAGCUGUUGUUGGAUUCGAUACAUGGGUUUGGCAUGCCUUCUUCGGAGUUGCCGGAUCUCAAAACAGCUUGAAUGUGCUGGGUCAAUCCCCGGUAUUCAACUAUGUCUUAAGAGAUGAAGCCCCAAAUAUCACUAUGAAAUCAACAAUACCGUCUACUGGAGUGGGUAUUAUCUAG